UAAUACAUUUGAUUUUUCGUAUUGACAGAUGUUUGUGAAUCAACCUUUUUUUAGCAAUUUUUGGAACAUUUACAUAAUAUGCUACCAAGCGAAUAGAAAACGAAAAACUCUGUCAAUGUGCUAGCGCUCUAUUAUUUUUCCUCUCCAAUAUUAUUUUAAAAUUGAUGACACACGUAUAUUAAUAGACGUUUACUAAUUAUCGCACAAAAUCUGUCAAUAUCUCUUGGUCUAAACGGCAUAUUAUGAUACAUGUUUGGUUCCAUCUGGAACGCCGAGUAAAUUUUAAUACUAGUAGUCUAUUAUUUUGAAACAACCAUCAACUAAUUACAUAUUUUCUUAUUCUUUCUUUUGUAAUGAUGCCUAUUUGCAGGAUUGAGUCAUUGACAAUAGUAACAAUGGAACCUGGGGUUUGUAUCAAUUUCAAAGUGAAUAGAGCUUUAUCAGUUUAAUUACUCUACGUAAUUAGGGCAUAAUGAAGUGGAUCAUUAGAGGGUAUAUGUAAUUACUUUGGUAUUGAUCUACCUGGAUUUCGAAGAUAAACCGAUUGGCUUGAUAUAACAAUUGACAAAAUUUUUAGAAUUCCAUAGACCAUCAAUUUCUCGAACUAUUUUAAUUAAAAAAUUGUCACUUAUCCACUUAGGUACCUAUAGGUACAUCUAAAGUGUUUUACAAAAUAGAAACCUAAGUGAACAAACUAACACAAAAUAAUAUUCAAAAGGCUUGGAAUGUUUAUUUUUGUAGUAGGAGCCACACUGAUAGUAAUAAAGUUUAAGUCAUUCUUUCACAAUGUCCUUUUUACGUUUAGUAAAUUUUUCAUAUUGUUACUUGAGACAAGUUCAUUAACAACGAAUGGGUUUCCUACGGGGUCCUAAAUAGACAAACAAUUCGGAUAAUCUCAUAAUUAGUAAACAGUUGACGACUCCAUUGUCAGUCAAGAUUAGUUCAGGUCCUUUAACAAUUUUUAGUAUAAUACACAGGAAAAUUUGUAGAAAGAAGGUGCCUUAAUUCAAUUCCAUCUAUUUCGAUAUUUUAAAAGCUUUUACUUAUAACAAAACAAUCUGCAAUUUCGAAAGAGUAAUUUACGCUGAAGAUGUCAUUAAAUGCGAUUCUUCAGUUGAAUUUCAUUAAGUAACAAAGAGAAAAUCAAAAUUAGAAUUUGUAAAUAACUACUCGAAUAAUUAAUUCUUCAUUAAGUCGGCACUCUCAGGGAAAACAAACACCUAGAUCUAAAGUAGAAAUCAGCAAACUAACAAAACGAGCAAAACUUCGUAUCCUGGUCGUCCUUUUUCAGCACUUUAUCUUAGAAAAGGACGAGCGUCAAAAUAUAGGGCUUAUGUGCGCGAUUUAUUGAGUCUCUUUAUCUUUUACCUCAGUCAAAUAAACAUUGGUAAUUAUGAACUUACCAUAAAGUAGGAGAAUAAAUAUGGGUUUCAGGACUCGUUUUAAUGUUAUUUUCUGCAUUAUUAAAAAGAGGGAGAUUUCAAUUUAUCUUGUACAAACAUGGUUAAUUUACAACUUAAUUACGCAUUAUACCUAGUCAUCUUUAUCAGCUCAUUAUUAGUUUUCCCUUUGAUAAAUAAGCCUCUCAAUGAAAAUUAAUUAAAAUAAUAAAACACCUGACGCUAGUUUCCUAAAAAAAAUGUAUGUGUAUGUUUUAUAAUUGUGAACGUUUUCAGGUUAAUAUAAUAAUAAAUCUAUACCCAUAUCACAAUUUCAGUGCAUUAAUAGACGCAUAAUCUAGGCGGCGUGGUCUGAAAAUCGAGCACAUGCGCUACGCAAACUGAAAUGAAAACCUGGACCUCAUUGGUUAUAUUUCGAGGGACGGAAAGGAAAUCUACCCUUCGUAAAAUCUGUGAUGAUGUCCCAAGAGCAAGUAACUCCCGAAGACAUUCGUCCACGCGGUGUCUACAGCAUUGAUCAAAUACUGGGGGUAAAUCAGCCAAAUGUCCGGAAGACUAAUAAUGAGUCCGAUGCGAAAGUCGAUUGCGGCAGCGAGGGUGAGAUGGUCGAAGGUGAUGUUGGCGAAGAGUUGGGGGAGGCUCGUCCGAGAAAGAUUCGAAGAUCGCGAACUACAUUUACCACCUACCAGUUGCAUCAGUUGGAGCGCGCCUUUGAGAAGACGCAGUAUCCUGAUGUUUUUACGAGGGAGGAACUUGCGAUGAGGCUUGAUCUGAGCGAGGCACGCGUUCAGGUCUGGUUUCAGAAUCGUAGGGCGAAGUGGAGGAAACGCGAGAAGGCGAUGGGUAGAGAAGUGGCUCCUUUUAUGCACCCCGUUGAUCAGUCCGGAUUACCGGAGUUAGCGCUGCAUGCUCAAUUGGGUCUUCCGCCGGUAGGUGCCGAUCACUUCUGGCCCGGCUUACCAUUUCCGCCAAUUUUCAAUCCGGCCAUGGGACUACCGUGGGCGGCGAAGUCACCUUUAACAGUACCUGGUUUUCACGCUUUUUUAUCACAGUACGUUUUGGCCAACGGCGGCUUACCGCAAAACUCGCCGGUGAAUAUUCCAAUCGAGGAGAGAUCGAGAAGCGUUAGUCCCGAAGCGGUUAGCCCUUCGCAAAUGUCCCCACGAAGGUCCUCCAUUGAAACGCUAAGGAUGAGAGCUCAAGAACUCGUCCCUAAAACGUCUCCGCAACAGCAAUUGCAUGCUAAGUCUUAAGAUUAACAGUUGCCAUACUGCAAUCGUGAUAAUAAGCGGUGGAAGGUCGCCAGAAAUGUACGAUUUUUCUGUAAUUAUAUGCGCCAUAAGUAAAUUAAGGUAAUAUGUCAUGCAUAACGAUCUUCUGUACACCAUACGAUAUUUAUUAUUAGUACUUGUAUUGUACACGUAAGUGUUUGUUUAUGUACUUCAAUUACAAUAGCUGUAUAUAUAAAAAUAGUAUCUGCAUUAUGUAAAUAAAUUAUAACUUGCGUUA